AUGGAGAAUUUGCUGGAAGAUGACUCGGAGAAUUUACUAAGGAUGAGUCCAGAUGAGUAUUGGGUAGGCGACUUCAUGCACAGAAGAGAAAACCGCAGCAUAGUCCGUGUUCCAGACGAGUUUCUUGAAGAUCGAUUUAACAUUAUUGGACUGGACAGGUACAUAAAAGACCUCGAAAAGGUAUAUAGUUCGAUACUUGACAAGGGACCAAGGAGUAGUUUUCAGGAGGAGUCUUCUCUAUACUAUCUGAUACAUCAGAAAUACAUCUUCACAAAGCCUGGGCUUGAGACUGUUCUGGACAGGGUGAUGAGCAAGGAGUAUGGAGCAUGUCCAAGAAUAGGAUGCAAGUCAGUUGGAAUGAUCCCCAUUGGGCUGAGCGACAGGCCUGGAGUUUCGUCAACAAAAGUCUAUUGCCACUGUUGUGUGAGUGUGUACGAGGCCAGGGGAAUUCUCCGGCUUGUAGAUGGGUGUGCAUGGGGGAAAUCGUUCCCGCAUUUCCUAAUUUUGACUCACUCGUACCAUUUCCCUUCAGGAAAGUGUGAGGAGUAUGUCCCAAGGAUAUACGGCUUUCGGAUAUGCGCCCACGACGACAACGACUCUCUCUCCGAAGACAACUAA